AUGUCUCAUUCUGCCACCCCCAGGAAGCGUGGGAGACCAUCAAUAUUAAAAGGCUAUCCAGAUCCAAUGAAAAGUCCUAUGGCAUAUUCUUCUCUUCAAGUUCAGAAAUCAAACCAAUGCUUUAAUAAGCCGCUGAUGCGUAUUCCAACUGCUACGACUUCACCCGCAAGGUUUAAAUCUCCGGUAAAGAAGCAGUAUAGUGGAUCUUCAAAACUUAUGUUUGUUGAUGAAUCUUUACGUGGAGCGGCCAAUGAAGGUAGCGAUGGGGCGGCGUCAAAACAAGCGCCGAGAUUUAGGGGCAUUGUAAUGAAUACACCAAAGAAGAGCGUUGGGGGAAUUGCGAACUCUUCGUCUCCAAUAACGCCCUCGGAUCAAUUGUUUUCGUCCGUUUCAAGGAAUCAGCUACGUAGUUCUCCUCCUGCCAUGGUGCAUGAUGAUUUUAGUUCUCCGCUUAAGAAAAGAUGCGUUGUGGGGGAUGGAAGGGCAGAAUUGGAAGGUUCGCGGUUGGGAUGGAAUGCUGACGCCACUGUAAGUAGUGAUGGUAAUGGAUCGGGUUUUAAGUUUGUUCUGUGUAUUGAUAAGGAGGGUAAGGCGUGUAUCUCUGAUUGUGCAACAUCAGCACCAUCUGCGGUGGCGGCAGCGACAAAGACAGAAAAACAAGAUGUUGCUAGUAUCACAGACUCUAAUAAGAGGGCCGAAGGGAUACAGGAUGAUUCAGUUGUUAAAUUUGAUAAGAAGCGGGUUUUAGGGUUGUUGAAGCAGAUGUCGAAGAGAUCUGGACUGCGUACAGAGGAUAAUGGCAGCGAGAGCGGCGCUCCUGGGGUUGUAAUGAUAACAGGAAAGCAAUCAACAUUAAAAGAUCCAGAGCAUGCGGAGUUUCCGGUGUGUCCCCCCCCUGCUCCACCAAAUUCCGCCGCUGUACCCAUGACUCCUAGAUGCAGCUCUGUAUUCCAGUUUAAAACGGGUUUUACUCCAUGCCAUAUGUCAAUUGGCGAGCUUCUAACAAGUACUCCUCCAAAAGGUCCCAAUUGCGAUAAAUUGACCGUUCCCACAAUGAACACACCCUCUAUAAAUAAUGCCUGUGGGUACCAACAGGAUCACUAUGUUUUUAAACUAUCCUCCGGAGACCCCUUGUUAAUGAACGAUGAAUAUUCAGAGAUGCUUGCCCAAGUUAGUGAUGACCCUUCAGAACUCCUACAGAUACUGACGUCUCCCAAACGCACACUGUGCUUUAACACACCGCCGUCGUAUCUUAGUGCCGAAUCUCCACGGAAGCCGUCGCUGAUGAAGCCCGAUGGCCAACUGCAUACAAAUUCUGCGAACGCAGUGACACGAAUAGAUGAUCAGCCUUCUACUCCAACAGCUACCAUGAUUGAAAAUACAACUACAACAUUACAAUGCACUCCACUUAUCCAACAGGCAAUGUCUGGUGCAUACGCUAAGCAACACUUACUUCCUACAAUGGAGCAUUAUGGGAUGCCUUCGGAAGAUGGGAGUAUCACUGUGUCGGAUAAAAGGACUUUGACUGUAGAGCUUGAUGAUGCAAGAUUGGCUUUAAAGAAAUUAAUCAAAGGCGAAUGA